GCAACCUUGCCAUUGCGGAGUUCACGGGCCAUGCUUCCCGUUCCGGCAGCUGUGGCCUCUGGCAUAGUUCUCCUGUCUGUCCAUGCCUCCUUGGCCGAAUGGGACUUGGAGGGCUUGUCCACGGCCUGGAUGAGGUGGAUUGAGAAAGGGUUUAAGAAGCCGGAUUCGCAGGAGCAGCGCAUGGAAGAUGCCCUGCAGAAGAUGAUGAUGGAAAACUACAGACGAGCUAUACGAUAUGUGGCACACUUUGUCGGAGCCCUGGUGCUGUUUGUCCUGUACCGGAUGCAGCAGCAGCCGGACUAUGUCACUGCAGUCCAGUUUGUGGCGGUCUUGGGGCAUUAUGUCUGCAUCUGGUGGGUGGCAAGAUCGCACCUCACCUUCAACACGUUUCGACUGCUGACGGUGUUGUCACAUGUAGGUCACACCGUCUUUAUCAUCAACACACACUUUGCAGAGGAAGCAGACUACAACUUCUUCUCGGUUGUCUCGGCGGCCUUUCAUGUGUGUGGGGCUGCUGUCAUUCACGACCCGCCUGUUAUGAUCCCAUGUCAGGCUUGGGUUUGUGCGGUGGAAGUUGCAUGCUACUUCGGGCUGGAGGGGAGACGCCGCAGUCCUCCGUGGCAUUUCCUUUGUGGUCAGGCUGUCGUCUUGGCCUUAGGAUGCGGAGUCUCAAUCAUGGUCCAGGAGUGGGCACGAACUUGCAUCAAAGCUUCAUUCCAGUCGGCCGACGCUAAUCUGUCUUUGGAGGGCUUCCAGCGAGUGUUGCGAGGUGUUUGCGAUGCAAACGUGCUGCUCGAUGAUAGUUUCCACAUCGUCGGGGAUAACACUCGCUUGAGACGCGUCCUGGCAACGCCCACCGAUCUUCAAGGCGUGAAGUUUACUGACCUACUCGAUCAGGAGGGAAGAGCGCAGUUCGAGAAAUUCGUCCGGAUGCCAUGCAAUGCAAGCCAAAACCCGGAAGAGAGGGAGGAACAGGACAAAACCUGCAGCAUUCCGCCCUGUCUGCGCGUCUCACUGCCCAGUGCGUACUCGCGGGUUGGCGUGGACAUUUUCCAUGUUCUGGUGCCCCGCUUUCUGGAUGCUGCAGGACCCCUCCACCUUCUGGCGAUUACGGAAGAUCCAGAUACGAGACUGCAGCCGGACGCAACUCUUGGCGCGAUUCCAGAAGCGCUCUGCAUGUACUCCGACGAGGACAACGAUACUGUGUCCACGGUUGCAGAGCAGGAGGCUGCCUCCUCAAAAAGCAGUCUGAGCAGUUCGAUGCUGUGCAGGGUACAUCCCGUUCCCGAGCUGCGCGAACUUACGAUGCUCGUGGAUGCCAGUACGGACCAGCAGGAUGUGAUGCAAGUGCACGCCAAGUUCAAGCGAGAUAAGAACCUGCCGAAUGACAUCCACUCGUGCAUGCCCUGCUUGCAGACAAUGCUCAGACCGUCGGAUUGGCUCAGCAUCCGCCUGCAUGUGGCGAAGUUUGCGCACGAACAGUGCCAGGUUGGUUCUCCAGACACACAUGAGCUGCCACCCGUGAUGCUUCGGAGGUUGGAUGACCAGAACCAGUUCCUGGCGGCCAACACCGUCAACCUCGCCCCGUGUCGCGGCCAGGAGCCAUCGAAUAAGUCUUCAUUGGUUUGGGUCUACGUCCGAGAUUUCGUGAAUGACGAGGCCAAAAGCCAGGUGCCACAAGUGUUGCUGCAAUGCAAUGCUUUCUGCGAUAUCUUCCCUCGUCUGCUUGUGGCCAAAGGGCUGCAGCAAGAAGCGCCGAACCUUCAUCCGCUGGCAGAGCUGCAAAAGAGUGUGCCGGAUGAGCUGCAACGACUGCACAAGGAAGGCUUCACUGUCAUCUACCUGCCUCUGAGCGAGCCGCCCGAC